AAAUGAGAGAGAGAGAGAGAGAAAGAGCUGUCCGUCUCGUGAAGGAGAGGAAAACAAAACCAGUUUUAGUGCCCACACCUUCUCGCCAUAUUCCCAUCUCCAUCUCCAUCUCCAUCUCAAUUCGCCAGAUCCAUUCCAUUCCUUGAUGCUUCCACCGGAGCAGACCCAGACCCAGGCCCAAGAAGAAGAAGAGGCGCCCCCGGAGGAAGAGAAGGAGAAGGAGAAGGAGAAGCAGAAGGACCUGUAAACUAAAACCCCGAUUUCAAUCCCGAAAUGGCGUCGCAACUCGGGAGGACCAAACCUGAGUUUGCUGCGGGGGAAUCGCUCUCGGAUCGAUUCAAGGACGCCGUCAACUGCGAUGUCAACAAGCCGGACUUCCGCGAGCUCGAUCUAGGUUCGCCGGUUUCUCCGCUACGGACUCGGACCGGUGGCGGAGCCACCGCCGCCGCCGUCUCCGCUACUGCUACCUCGAGCAGCAGUAGUUCCGGCUCGUCCGGAUCGGUCUCCGGCCGGACGUCGGCAGUACCUAAUUCCAAUUUAACUAGAAAGUCCGAUUCCAAUCCCCAUAGCCUUUCCGGCGAACUCUCCGCUGACAGUUCUCCUCUGACUUCACGCAAUUUAAAGCUCGAUAACUCCCGUUCCAGUUCUGUUGGAUCUCAUCCACUGAUUUACUCCGGUUCGGCCUCCGUCAACUCCCCGGCCGUGAACGUCCUCCCCGCCGGUAACAUCUGCCCCUCCGGCCGAGUUCUAAAGGGUUCAAUCCCCAGCCGAACUACGAAGUCCGAUGUGUUAGGGUCCGGCUCCGCUAACUACGGCCACGGCAGCAUAAUCCGACCUAAGUUAGGGCUAGAUAAAGGAGGAAUGAUUGGCGGAGAGAUGGGGAAGAAAAAAGCAGCCUGCAGUAGUGAUCCAGAGGAGCUAAAAAGGAUGGGAAAUGAUCAUUACAAGAAGGGUAAUUUUGCAGAAGCUUUGAGCCUUUAUGACAAGGCCAUAGCCAUAUCUCGGGACACUGCUGCGUACCAUUUCAACCGCGCCGCAGCUUUGAUGGGGCUGAGGCGUCUGUCGGAGGCGGUCAGGGAAUGCGAGGAGGCUAUCAGGUUGGAUCCAGGCUAUGUUAGGGCACACCAUCGGUUAGGAUCUCUGCUUCUUAGUUUAGGACAGAUUGAGACUGCAAGGAAACACAUUUGUUUCGCCGGGCACCUACCAGAUCCUACGGAAUUACAAAAGUUGCAGUCUGUGGAGAAGCAUCUGAGCAAGUGCACCGAUGCCCGGAGAGUUGGGGACUGGAAGAGUACUCUGAGGGAGGUUGACGCUGCCAUUGCAGCUGGUGCAGAUGCUUCGCCUCAGCUUUGUGCGUGUAGGGUCGAAGCUCUCUUGAAGCUCCAUCAACUUGACGACGCAUUUUUAGCAUUUUCCAACAUUCCUAAAUCUUCCCCCCCUGCUAGUUCCCAUUCGCAGCCAAAGAUAUUCGGUAUGCUUUUUGAAGCAUACUUGUUCUUUGUUACUACCCAAAUCGAGCUGGCCAAAGGAAGGUUCGACAGUGCACUUGCAUCUGUAGAAAAGGCCAGACAGAUGGACCCGCAGAACGUCGAAAUCUCGAUUCUGCAGAACAAUGUGAGGUUGGUGGGACGAGCUCGUGCUCGUGGGAACGAUUUAUUCAAAUCCGAAAGGUUCACUGAAGCCUGUUCUGCUUAUGGAGAAGGCCUCAAACUCGAUCCUUCGAAUUCUGUUCUGUACUGUAAUAGAGCAGCGUGUUGGUUCAAACUCGGACAGUGGGAACGCUCGGUGGAUGAUUGCAAUCAAGCGCUCCAUAUCAAGCCGAAUUACAUCAAAGCUCUACUUCGAAGAGCCGCCUCGAACAGCAAGCUUGAAAAAUGGGUGGAAGCUGUGAGAGAUUACGAGGUUUUGAGAAUGGAGCUCCCCGACGACGCUGAAGUUGCCGAAUCUCUAUUUCAUGCACAAGUUGAACUGAAGAAAUCGCGCGGAGAAGACGUGAAUAAAAUGACAUUCGGCGGGGAAGUCGAGUCUAUUUCAAGCCUAGACGAGUUUCGUGCUGCAAUCUCUUUGCCGGGCGCUUCUGUUGUCCAUUUUAAAGCCUGCUCCAGUGUCGAGUGCAAACAAAUAUCUCCGUUUGUCGACAUGAUGUGCACUCGCUAUCCUUCUAUCAACUUCAUCAAGGUGGAUGUUGACACGGGAAAUGCCAUCGCUCGAGCUGAGAACAUACAAGUAGCGCCUACGUUCAAGAUCUACAAAAAGGGAAUUCAACUGAAGGAAAUGAUCCGUCCGAGCCCGGAAUCUCUGGAAUCAUCGGUGAGGCAUUACGGUGUUUAAAUUAAUGCACAUUCAUGAUUGCAUCCCUUACUGUGACAUACGCUGUUAGAUCGAUUCGCCUGAUUUCUUAUUAGAAGCUCAUUCGUAGAGUCGAAAGGCAUAAAGACAGCAUCGAUACGUGCUUCGCUUCCUGUUCGCCUCUCUCUCUCUCUCUCUAUAUAUAUAUAUAUAUAUAUUUAUAUGUAUAAUUCAUUCAUUCACAUCGGGUCCUUGUUGUAACAUUUUUAGACUCCAUAUUUGUCAUUC